AUGGCGGCUCAAACGUGCCUUAGACGAAUUCAUUUCACAAUCCAAAAACUUCCCUUUAAUGAGGUUUACUUGCGGUCUAGAACAUUAGCUUCGAGCUUUGAAACCAGUUCUUUGAUUCUAAGACCACCAUCUGCUUAUUCUUUGCGUAUAACAAGAACAAUGUGCUCCAAAAGAGGUAAAGGCUUUUCUGGCGAUGAAGAUGGAAAUGGAGACCGUGAUGAAGUCCACACGAAGGUAAAACCUGUUUUAGUAUCCCUCAAUCAGGGACCUUUUGGUUGGAUUGCAAAUAAUUUGAAGCUGUUCUUGCUAAAGAGCAUAGUGGAUACAGAAUUCGAUGAAAAGGAAUUUCUCCGGGGCGCCAAGCAAGCUCUGUGUGUAGUCUCUCAGCUAUUGAACAAAGAACAAUACAGCCAGUUGCAGGAGACAGUAUCUAAUCAACUACUAGAGUCAUUGAUGAGUAUGAAAGAUGAUAAACCAAUUAAGGAAGUGGUUUCGUUGAAAGAGAUUUUAUCGGCGAAUAUACAGAAAGUAAAAUUCAGAUUCGAAGCAGAUGAAACUACUUUAAGUUCUGGCGAGGGACAUUUUGAGGUGAACAUAACAGUUGCCUUUGUGUGCACAAGGGGCAAUGGAAAGGGAGCGUUUCAAAGGCAGCUUGGAAAUGUCAAGAUAAUUGACUUAGAUAUUCCUAAGAUAGUGUAUUUAACUUUUAGAAAACGUCAUACGCUUAGUAACGCUACUGGUUGGCAGGUGAUAAGUAUUUACUAUAUCUGA